AUGAUUUCAGUCGGAAAUUUUGUUACGAAGUGUUUGGGAGCGAGCUUUGCUGCUACCAAGCCACUGAAUUCUGCCAACUACCAUCACUAUCAUCACUAUCAUCAUUGUCAGAACCAGUGCCAUCAAUCAGGUUAUCGAACGUCAUAUGAAGUUGGUUCUCGAUUGUUUUCAACAAAGCCAUCUUCAACACCUCCUACUGGUGCUGAAGAAUCAUUGCCUCCAGAGGCAUCGGAUUUUCCAGAAUGGGCCUAUGAACCUAGAGAUUUCUUUCGAUUCGAGAUUCUGCACCAGUCAGAGAAAAGUCAAGCGCGUGUUGGGAGAAUCCAUACGCCACAUGGAGUUAUUGAUACUCCGAGUUACGUUGCUGUGGCAACAAAUGCAGCUCUGAAAGGAGUCGACUUUCGAGAUGCCGAUCAAACAGGCCAACAGCUCGUCUUUUCUAAUACUUAUCAUCUUAUGCUUCACCCGGGCGCGGAAUUAAUACGCGAUGCGGGUGGAAUCCACAAAUUCACAAACAGAAAAGGACCAUUUAUUACGGAUUCCGGCGGCUUUCAAGUAUUCUCAUUGGCAUAUGGCAGUGUCCACGAAGAGCUGUCUUCAAAAGGUGAACUCAAGAGAGCCAGCCGCGGGUCUAAACGGGCAAAUUCCAAUGGAUCUGCCAAUCCAGUGAAAGUUUCUGAGAAUGGUGUAAUCUUUCGUAGUUAUCGCGAUGGAAGCAAGUUUCUUCUCACUCCUGAAAGUACAGUCCAAGCCCAGAAAGACAUUGGGGCAGAUAUUAUAAUACCGUUGGACGAGUUGCCACCGUAUCACAUCGAUCGAAAUGCACUUGUCGAGUCCGUCGACCGUUCACAUCGUUGGGAAGCCAGAUCGUUGAACGAGCAUUUGAAAAACAUCAACAACCAAGCAAUGUACUGCGUCGUGCAUGGUGGUGUCGAUAGGGAACUUAGAACCAAAAGUGUCGAUUAUUUGACUUCCUUGCCAUUUGAUGGAUAUGCAAUCGGUGGGUCACUAGGAAACGGAAAAGAAGAGCUGAAAGAACUUCUCGAUUGGAUGAUGCCACAGUUUGAUGAGGGUGAACGCCAGGGAAAACCACGCCAUUUGCUAGGCAUUGCCGAUGAGGAAAGCAUACGAAAUGCUGUUGUACGAGGCAUCGACACGUUAGAUAGCUGUUAUCCAACUAGAGUGGCCCGACAUGGCUCUUUGCUCACAAGAAAUGGUUCCAUCAAAAUCAAGUCUCGAAAAUACUCCCGAGAUUUUGGAGUCAAGAUCGACGAAGAAUGCAAUUGCACCACCUGCCAGCAUUAUGAUCGAGCUUACCUCUGGCAUCUUUUCAAGGCAAACGAACCUUUGUUUGUAACGCUCGCAGCACAACACAACAUUCACUACAUGAAUGACCUGAUGAAAGACACAAGACAAAGUAUUAUCGAUGGAGAGAUAUGA